GCGCGCCGAACGAAGUGAAGCUUCGUUUGGAAUAACACUCCACACACACAAUAUUAUCAACUGUUUCUGUUUCUAUAGCCCGUUUGCUCGAUAAAUAAAAACGCCGCAUAAUAACAUCAAUACACACGGUUUUUAUACCUUUAUUAUCAUUUGAUGACCCGGCUGUCUGUGAUUGAUCAUCCAAUUGCUCUGACGUCUCAUUUUGCAUUCCUGAAUAAGAAACAAAAUGGCUGACCAAAAUUUCGCUGACGUGAAGUUUACAUUAAGAAACGGAAUUAAGAUGCCGGCUGUUGGUUUAGGAACUUUUCGUAUACGUGACCCUGCGGUAGUCUACAGCGCUGUCGACAGCGCCUUGGCAGUCGGCUAUCGCUUGUUUGAUACAGCUGCAGUAUACCAGAACGAACGCUUUUUGGGUGACGCAUUACGUGAUCUAUUACCCAAGUACGGUCUGCAACGUAGUGAUAUUUACGUCACAACUAAAUUGUCGCCGUCCGAUCAGAGCGCUGAGCUUGUCCCGAAAGCAUUCAGUAAAUCAUUAGAAAACUUAGGUCUUCAGUAUAUUGAUUUGUAUUUAAUACAUUUUCCUGGUGCGGCUAGAAUCAACUCGAGCGAUCCUAAAAACGAGGCAUUAAGGAACGAGACUUGGAACGCUAUCACAAAACUUUACGAUACAGGCAAGGUGAAAGCAAUUGGAGUAUCAAAUUUCACUGUGAGACACUUAAGGCAAUUACAGAAAUCAUCGACGAUAGAGCCGAUGGUUAAUCAGGUCGAAUGGCAUCCGCAUUAUUACGAAAGUGAUCUCUUGGAAUAUUGUAACAAACAUAACAUAAGACUUCAAGCAUACUGUUCGUUUGGGGGUCAAGCGAUCAGAAAUAAUUCUUUGAUGGAGGACCCUGUAGUUAGAGAUAUUUCUGCAAAACAUAAUGCAACACCAGCACAAGUGCUGUUAACAUGGGCGCUGCAACGGGGCAUAGCAGUUAUCCCUAAAUCCGUAACACCUCAGAGAAUCAAAGAAAAUAUUCAGCUCAGUAUGAGAAUGUCUCCAGAGGAACUGUCCUUAUUAGAUUCUCUUAGGAAUAACGGCCUUAAAUAUGCUUGGGAUCCCAAUCCUAUUGCUUGAAGCAAUAUAGUUGAUUUAUUAAUAAAUAAAGAAAAAUAUAGCCAUAA